UCAACUGGACUCGGUUUCAGCCUUACCACUCUCGUGAACAGCACGGACGGCUCUGCCAGGGCGACUGGAUGGCGAAUGAGUGGCGAGACAGCUGAAGAGGAACCUGUCGAAAGUAGAGAUGAGGACGUAGAGGGUAUAGAGCAAGCUGACGAAGGGGAUAGGGAGGAGCAAAGCGAAGAAGCCCGAUUGGGUAGUCUGAGGCGACUUCGGAGGGAGGGUCGUAAAGAUGGGACAAAAGUGAGCAGCUGUGGCCUCAAAGUUGAGUCUCUGAGGCAGUCAACGAGUCGCCGUGAACUGGGAGAAGAGGAGGCCUACCAGACUGGCCUGAAGGGCGAGGAGAAGAGGGAUUUGGGCAAAGAGAGAAAUAAUCGGUCGGCUGAAGACGGCGGAGAGGCUGACCCUUCAUUUCCACGAUCAAGUGACCGAGAGAGAAGGUGGCUGCAGACUCGACAUGCAUGUCCUGGAGACGAGCAGGAAGGUGGGGAGGGCAACGAUGGCGAAGAAGAAAGACAUUCAGGCAGAUCGAGAGCCCCAAUUAUCGUGGUAAAGAGCCUGAUCCCAGGAGGCGCUGCCGUGAAAGAUGGCAGACUGAAGCUGGGAGACCGUUUGAUUAAAGUGAGUUUGUUGAGCUUACUUCCAUUUCGAGUGAAAGUGUGCGGUGAAGAGAUUCGAAGGUCGGUUCCACCAGAAGACGACGGCGGACUCCUCUUGAUCAGCUGUUGA